AUGAACGUUAAAAACUUAGAUGAUGUAAAAUACAAAUUUCAUAAAAUUAAAGUUUUAAACGAAAAUGAUAAAAAGGCAAAAGCGGUGUUGACCCGGGCAGCCGACCAGGUCAUGCCAAUUAUGAGGAAGAUGCGCUUUUCGGUUGAGUUAUUGUCUGAAUUUUUACCCCGGAGUCCUAAUCUGCUAGGGCUAAACAUUGUGGCUAAAUCAGAAAUUAAGAUAAGGAUUCGGAAAAAAAGAGGAGGAGAGUUAUUUCACUUCAACGAUAUCAUGGGGACGCUGCUGCACGAACUAGCGCACAUUGUGCACAGCGGCCAUGACAGAUCCUUUUACGAACUCUUAGACAAACUAGUGUUAGAGUAUAAUAAAUUAUACACUUUUGGGAAAGCAGGAAAUCAAAUCAAUGGAGGGAAAAAAACAGGAGGAAGUGAUUUCCGUAUAUGUAAUGGUAGCCCCAAAUUUAUGGCAGCACAGGCUGCUGAAAUGAGACUACUAAAUAAUUUUAUGAACAAGGAUGGGGAAAUAUUAAAUAUGUCCCUUGAAAGUUGCUUAACACCAGAGCAGUAUAAUAAUUUAUUUAAAAAUCGAAAAGAACGUGAUGAUAAAAUUUGUUCCAUUUCGAAUGAUACAAUUGUGAUAGACUGCUUGAUGGAUUCGACAAACCAUGAUGAUGGGGAAAAUGCGAAAACUUCACAGAACACAAAAAAUGAUUUUAAAUCAUCAAAUUCGUUGCAAACAAGGAAUAAGAAUGUCUUCAUUUCGAGUGAGGAUUGUAUAAAGGAGGAGAAACAGACACAUGUACCAGAGCAGGAUGUGUAUAAGAAAUCAUUGAACAUACCAGGAGCUAAGCGAAAUAAGAGACAAGCAGCUUUUGAACAGUGGAGUGGAGACAAAGUUAUAACAUUACCCGAUAACAUAGGAGCCACACCUAAAAACAACGGCAGCGACUGCGUGCACAUUGUAAAGGUCAAACGAGAUUGCAGCGGUAUGAAACAUCCUGAAAACGAAAAUGACUCGACCGUUUCGGAUAAUGUGGGUAUCAGGAAGGGCAAAAAAAGAAAAGUUAUAAUUCUCGAUUAG